GAUUGACGGAGGGGGGACGGAGGGGGCCAUGGCGGCCACGGCCAUGGCGGCCACGGCGGCCGAGCGAGCCGUGCUGGAGCAGGAGUUCCGCUGGCUGCUGCAGGACGAGGUGCACGCCGUGCUGCGCCAGCUGCAGGACAUCCUCCAGGAGGCCUCGCACCGGUUCACUCUGCCUGGGGCCGGCGCGGAAGGACCGGUCAAGCAGGAGAACUUCAUUUUGGGCAGCUGCGCCACUGACCAAGUGAAAGGAGUUCUCACUCUGCAAGGGGACGCUCUGAGCCAGGCGGAUGUGAAUUUGAAGAUGCCUAGGAGCAAUCAGCUGCAGCACUUUACGUUCCGAGAAGACAAGCAGUGGAAGUUGCAGCAGAUCCAGGAUGCCAGAAACCACGUGAGCCAAGCCAUUUACCUCUUGGCCAACCGGGAUCACUGCUACCAAUUCAGAACCGGAGCUGAGGUCCUCAAGCUGAUGGAUGCUGUGAUGCUGCAGCUCACCAGAGCCCGCAAUCGGCUUACCACCCCGGCCACCCUGACCCUUCCGGAGAUCGCCUCCAGUGGCCUGACGAGGAUGUUUGCGCCAGCCCUGCCUGCAGACUUGUUGGUGAACUUCUACAUCAACCUCAAUAAGCUGUGUCUGACCGUCUAUCAGCUCCACGCCCUGCAGCCCAACUCCACCAAGAACUUCCGUCCCGCAGGAGGGGCCGUGCUGCACAACCCCGGGGCCAUGUUCGAGUGGGGCGGGCAGCGGCUGGAGGUGAGCCACGUGCACAAGGCGGAGUGUGUGGUGCCCUGGCUCAACGACGCCCUUGUCUUCUUCACCGUCUCCCUGCAGCUGUGCCAGCAGCUCAAGGACAAGAUCUCUGUCUUCUCCAGCUACUGGAGCUACCGGCCCUUCUGACCCUUCAAGCCUCUGAUUCCACUCUGACCUCUCUGAGCCGUCCCCAAGAGGCCCCCCAUCCCCCUUUCCCAACAGCUCCCCCCAAUCCCCACCGGCUCACAGACCAGCUCUGCCCACCCCAGGGGAAAGUGAGUUUGUGGAGGUGGGGGGAGCGGGGCAAGGAGGCAGCGGAGCAGGGCAGAGGCCAGGUACAAUUAUUUAUUUCUUCCUAUUCUCGAGGCGUGCGGUGGGGAUGGGGGACACCGGGGAAGCAGGUCUGCACCCGUGACGGCUUCCGAUGCCAGGGAUGGAGCCCCGAGGCCGGUGGUGGCGGGCUCAGUCGGGGGCUGGCGCUGGGGCUUCCCGGGAGGGGCCCUGAACCCAACCUCCACUCUCUGGGAUCUCCAGGGCCGCGUAGGUUGCCUAUCCCCAGCUCGGGACUGUGGAUGUCGAAGGUCUGGGGCCCCUUUUGUCUCCCCCCCACCCCCCAAGGUGUGCAUAUGCACUGUUCACCUUUGGUAGACACCCUAAGGAGGGAUUGGGACUCAUAUCUCUACUUCCUCUUCCUCUUCCUCUUGUCCCCUCUCACCCCCGAGCCUCUGCCACAGCCCCAAGGUGUGGUGGGCCCAGCCCAGGGGCCAAGACCCCCCAGCUGGGGUGGGCCCGGGCCCUGGGCCCAGCGGGCAGGUAAAGCAGCUGGAAGGUGGGGCCAGCGGAGGGGCCCGGAGAGACCCGCUCCUUCUCUUAUCCAGUCAAGAUUCUGUUGGGAAAUAAAGACCCUACACCCA